AUGUACGGCGUCCAGCGACAAGCAAAUGCCUUAUUGACCCAUCUUCGUCAAUAUCGGAAACUUACAACUAUGGCGCUCAAAACCAUCAGCGCUAAAGAUGCAGCCUCUCUUGACAAGGACCUCAUGGAAGACGGGGGAUUCUCUCUCGACCAGCUAAUGGAACUUGCGGGACUUUCUGUUUCGCAAGCUGUUUAUCGAGUUCAUCCCCCGUCUAAAGGACGAAAUGUUCUCGUAGCAUGCGGUCCUGGAAAUAAUGGUGGUGACGGGCUCGUCGCCGCUCGUCAUCUUGCUCACUACGGGUAUAAACCAACAAUAUACUACCCGAAACAAGGGAAAAACGAGUUAUAUGAGCGCCUAAAAACCCAACUCCACAACCUCUCCGUCCCCUUUACAGCCGACUUCCCAGGAACCCUUCAAAACAGCGAUUUCGUAAUCGACGCAAUCUUCGGCUUCUCUUUCUCCGGGCCUCUUCGCGAUCCAUUUCCCAGCGUAAUAUCCCUUCUAGAGGAAACCAAAGUACCCGUGCUGAGUGUAGACGCCCCUAGUUCAUGGGAAAUAGAGACUGGCCCGCCAAAGGAAGGUCCCGGUGCAAAAUUUAUGCCGCAGACGCUGAUCAGCUUGACAGCUGCGAAGCCGUUGGUUAAAUGGUUUACUGGGAGACAUUUUUUGGGCGGGAGGUUUUUGACGAAGGGUAUUGUGGAGAAAUACGGUUUGGAUAUUCCGGAGUAUCCUGGGAUAGAUCAGAUUGUGGAGAUGGAUGUAAACGGGACUGGUAGGUUGUGA